AACCAACAUAAAAGUCACAGUCAUGCUGGAUACUUUGUGGAACUUGGGAAAUUGAAUAACAUCCUACAUGGCAGGAAAAAAGCAAAAUUACAACCUCGCAGACAUUUUAGAUGGAGUGGAAAAGGCCCACAAAGCUGAAAUUCAGCUGUACACUUCAGGUCAUUUAAACCAUAACAAGCUUUUCAAGCCCCAAGAACUGAUAAAACACAGCUAUUGGGAAAGUGCCCAAAAAUCUGCCAUAAUUUUCAAGAGAAAAUCCCAGUUCACAGCAUCCUGUGAGGCAUCCAGAAAGACAAAGGAUAUUUUAACCAGUGAGAAUGGCACCCCAACUCCCACCCGAGCCAAAUCUGUUUCACCUUCAUAUCAACAACCUUGGGCAUCCAAUGUCAGCUCUGUAGAGCCAAUCCAUGUUCCACUUGGAGGUGGCGCUUUCCGCCACCAAAGAAAAGAGACUCCAGAGGAAACAAAGCAAGGAGUAGUAUUUCAAAGACAACUAAUAAGAGAAGAGCUAGAAGUUCCAGAGAUGAAAAUGCUGAAAUACAGACCGGCCAGGAGCAGUCGACUUUGUGUCACAAAAAAGACUAAAGAUGAAUACCAAUUCUUCCCUUCCUACUUGGCUGGUGUGACCAAAAUGGACCAGUUCCACAAAUUCAUGCAAUUUCAGAAAGAUUUCAUUGUCAAGCAGGAUUUGCUUGACAAUGACUAUGUAGGAAGCAAGUCAGCAGAGCAGCAUGAAAGGAAAUUGGCUCAGGCGCUCCAGAAUAUCUGUGACUGCAAUCGUCCACAUUUUUACCGGUUGCAGGCCGUUAGUGACGUGUUUGAAGAUAUCUGCAACAGCUCUUUGAUAUUUGGUGAUGUACUGAAGGAAGUGAAAAAUGAAUAUGAGCUCUACAUGGUGAUCCUGCUGGAUUCUCUGCCUACCAUGCAAUACAGAACUUUACAGAAUGAAGUCAAAGGCAUGGAGAGGAGGAUAGUGAUGACUCAUGAAAUAGAAGAGAAAAGGAAUGACAUACAGGCUCUUGUGCAGAAAUCCAAGGUGGCCUUAGCAAGAAAUGAAGAACUCAGGCAUGAGCUAGAAACUGAAUUGUGGGUGAGCCAGUCUGUCUCCAAAGCAGUGGUAAAGGAACAUGAGCAACCGGAAGAAGCGGAAACACCUCUUUCCACUGCUGAGCAGAUGACAUCCCUGAGAUGUCAAAUCAUCAUGAAAUGGGAAGAGAUUCAAUCCAUGGAAAAAGAAAUUAAAGAUACAAUGACUUUUGCUGGCAUUGCAAACAUCAGAGAGAAAACAGUUAAAGAAUUAGAGGGUGAAGCAUCAAAGCUCCAGGCAUCUAACAAAUUUCUAAAGAAACAAAUAAGGGAUGCAGAAUACAAUAUCACAGCUUCACUAAGGAGGCAGAAGUUUAGCACAGAGUCCCAGCGAUAUCUGUGGAGCUUGGUGAAGGAAUUCUUGACACCUGCUGGCAAAGAUGACUCUUUUGAACUAGAUGAGUCAUAUUCUGAGUCUUCUUUAGUAAACUUUUAAUAUUUGCAUUUCUAUGAAGGAAAUGCUAGUAAGAAAAACGAAUGAUGAAACAGCUUAGAAUUUCUGCACUGAAUACUUUUUGGGGAGAGUUGAAUGAUUUUCCCUCCCUCCCUACAUACAUACAUAUACAUACAACUAUGUAUCAUUUUUCAACAUAACUCACUCACUCACUCUCUCUCUCUCUAUAUAUAUAUAUAUAUAUUACAGUGGCUAUAGUGAUACUACUAGUUGUGCUUUUGACAGAAUAAUUGCUAUUAUAUUUGAAGGGUGUUUUUUUGUGUGUGAACUUGGGUUCUGUGUUGCCAUAAAUAACUGAAAAGUUUAAUUAUUUCUCUUUGAGAAGUAAAAGUAUUAGCAAACUGUAGAUACAGUAUGUGAAUCAUUUUCUACUUCAGAGAUGAUUAAAUCUAUAUGAAUUCUUUGAAAGCUUUGACUAUAGCAGUAAGAAAAAAUUGAUCACAAGGGAUGCUUUCUUUUUAUAAAAACAGGGUUUGGCUUUAUUCCCUGGAAUGUUAUUAAAUGUCACACAUAAAAUUUAUUGACUUACAUGUUGACUGCGUAAUUAAGAUGUCACACUGGCUGAUCUUCUUCCAAUAUUGAUUCCCAGUUUUCUAUAGAAUUAGAUUUGUAUGUGCUGGUCUUUGUUAGAUCCAACAACAGCAAUACCUAUUGAUUAGUCUGUGGGAAGUUUUAUAUCCAAGAACCCACACACAGUUAGGUUUUUUGUGAUAAAUUUGAGACUACUUUUUGUUUUAGAAAUCCAACAAGUGCAGACAACCAGUUUAUUGGUCUUUAUGAUAUUUCAGUUUCUUAGAUGACUAGCUUCAGAAUGAUGGCUAGGAUAACUCAAUGAUUCCCUAGGGGCCUAACUUCAUUGACCUAUGGAUUGUAUUAUAAAGUCAUAAAACUGAGUGAUUCCAUAGCUACUUUUGGAGAAAGACAGCAAAGAAAUUGUAGCUGACCCUUGAUGCACAACUAAUUAUUUGGAAUAUGAUGACAUUAAUGCUAAAGGGGUUCAUAAAUAGGUCCCCUACAUUUGUUGGAAUUUGGUUUGUUUGUAUUUAUAGGUCUCCCCUUUUGAUGUGUUCUAUUAUUUUGAUUAUUCACCGAUAUCUCAUA